AUGAACGGCGGAGACGCGCUUUCCGACGAGAGGGCCAGAAGUAGGGCGCUAGCGCCCGUCGGGGCCCUCCCCAGCCCGCGCCCCCGUGGCUUCGCCAUUACCGAUCUGCUGGGCCUGGAGGUCGAGCUGCCGGCACCCGCUGUCCCCGGGCAGGGAUCCGCCUGCAAGGGCUCCGCGGGCCUGCCUUGCCCCGGCCCGGGGCUCGGCAGCUCCUUCCUGGAACGCGGUGCCCUCCCACUGGGGCUGGGCCUCCUUUGCGGCUUCGGUGCGCAGCCGCCCGCUGCAGCUCGGGCGCCCUGCCUGCUCCUAGCCGACGUGCCGUUCCUGCCGCCCAAGGGCCCGCCGCCUGCCUUCCAGUUGCCCCCUGGCCGCCCGCUGUCCCCGCUCCACCGCGAGAAGCACAGAGAAAGCGUCUCGGCGUCCGAUGAGGACAGCCUGUCUGGAGACAGGAGUGACCUAAAGGCACCCAGCACACCAGGCAAGAGGAAGAAGCGGCGGCACAGGACAGUUUUCACUGCCCACCAGCUGGAAGAGCUGGAGAAGGCGUUCAGCGAGGCCCACUACCCCGACGUAUAUGCCCGGGAAACACUGGCAGUGAAAACCAAGCUCCCUGAAGACCGAGUACAGGUCUGGUUUCAAAACCGGAGGGCCAAGUGGAGGAAGCGGGAGAAGUGCUGGGGUGGCAGCAGCGUGAUGGCCGAGUACGGACUUUACGGGGCCAUGGUUCGGCACUCCCUUCCACUGCCCGAGUCCAUCGUCAACUCAGCCAAGGGUGGCCUGGCAGGCUCCUGCAUGCCCUGGCUGCUGGGGAUGCGUAAAAAAUCCAUCGCGAUGACAAGUAAACGAAGAAGUGAAGAAAAGUUGACAGGACUCUGGGGCUCUGACACUCCCCGAGGAGAUUCCAGCCCAAGUCAGGUAGGGCCCCAGAGCAGCUCAGGCAAAGUGAGCCCAGAGCAAGGCCUGGAGGACGAGGUCGUGGACCUCUCCAGCUCCACCAGGCAAGAGACCCAGAGAGAGCCACGAGUGGCCCAAGUAGGAGCGAGCUCGGACUCCACGGGCCUGGAAGGGCUCAGGCCUGGGGAGGCAGGAGUCUUGUGAGGCCCACAGGCUCCUCUCAAAGGGCAGAAACAGGCAUGUUUGUUUCUGGCAUCGUUUCAAGAGACAAAGGGUGUCCAAGACAAAUGCUCCCAGCUGAAAUUUCUUCUUGAUGUGCCAGGAUAAACUGCAAUGUCACUUGCUUAUACAGGACAAGUGAGUGGUUGAGGGAAAAUCCCAUCUCUUUCUAGAAUGGAAAUUGUUCCUUAAAGGCACUUGAAUCAGUUUAUUUGAUAUAAAAUUUUGAUUCUCUUUUGUAGAACGUGAGGAGGGAGGACUUAAAGUUCAAAAAGCAUUUUUACUGGUGGACAUCCUAAGACUCAGUUCAGUAUAGAGUGUAGACUAAUAGGUUAGAUCUGAUGUCCUCACUCCAAAUUUGAAAACAUAAAAUUAUUUAAUCUCCAGAAAAAUCAAGUAUCUACACCUAGUGAAGACUCCACACAGCCAUCUGAAUGAAUUAUAGUAUCUUUUAGACUUUUCACCUUGAACUUGGCUUUGUACGUUUCAGUUUUCUUGGUAUGCAAUAAUUUUGUGUUCUCCUGAGUGUCAUUUGACAGGUUAUGCAUGUGGGAACUGAUAAGCAAACAAAGAAAGCCAUACUGUCCCCUUUUGAAAAACAUGAGACCAUGUUUGAACAGCUGGUGAAUAUCUGUAAAACACUGAUUCCAGGUCAGACCAGGCUUCUUGGUCCUUCUGUAUUUCUGUUUGAAAGCACUUUAGUAAUUUGGAUUUUAUGAAUGUUUCAUUUCCUGUAUGUCCUUUGCCACUUAUUUAUUAUUUAAAAAUAAAGGUUUUGUGGUGUGCUUCCUUCUCAAGGCACAUCUCCAUUGUCACUGCUUUCCUGACAUGGCCUCUCUCCUUUUAUCCCUUUUCCUUUUUCAGUGUCAGAGCUUCUAAAGCAUUUUCUUCUUCAGGUGCCAAGCACUCAUCAUGUGUUCCUUUGCUGGCUCCUUUGCUGGACUGGGAGCUCCUGUGGGACUGAAACUAUGUCUAAUUCAUCAUUUGAAGUUCAGAAGUCAGAGAGAGAUUACAUGUAAUUGAGGGGGAAAUGCGGGGCUUCAUGAACAAGGUGGAGCAGGUAGAGGGAAAGUACGAGAACUUUCUGAGGUCAUUCUCUGUAAAUCAUCACGGUAAUCCUCCUGGCAGGGCUCAGUGCUAACAUCUCUUCAGGUGAGAAAAGUGAGGCUCAAUUCUGUUCCUUUGGUCUAUUUUCCUCAGCCCUGGUGGCACAGUGGUUAAGAGCUAUAGCAUGCUACAGUUGCUAACCAAAAAGGUCACCAGU